CAGGCAGGCAGGCUCGGGCAGUUGGAGUGCUUCCGGCUCCAGUGCGUGGCUGCUGUGGGUGUAAACAGGCUUUGGAGCCUGGAUUCCAUUCGGCGGCGGGCAGCAGCAGGGGCUCGGAGCUGCAGCUCAGGCACGGGUAGGUAAUUUCAUGUUCCCAAAAUGGGACAUAAAGUCGUCGUGUUUGACAUUUCUGUCGUCAGAGCCUUAUGGGAAACUCGUGUCAAGAAGCACAAAGCUUGGCAGAAGAAGGAGGCAGAAAGGCUCGAGAAAAGUGCAUUGGAAAAGAUAAAGGAAGAGUGGAACUUCGUGGCUGAGUGCAGAAGGAAAGGCAUCCCUCAGGCUGUGUACUGCAAGAAUGGCUUUGUAGACACCAGUGUGAGACUUCUGGACAAGAUUGAAAGGAAUUCUCUUGCAAGGCAGAGUUCACUUUCCAAGGAGGGACACAAACGGAGCAGUGAAUUUGUGUUUGAACUUUUCGGGGAGCACUGGAAGGAGUUCCCAGAUUCCUUGAAGGAGCAGACGCACCUGAAAGAAUGGCACAUAAGCAAUACCCUGAUUCAAAUCAUUCCUACAUAUAUCGAGCUGUUUCAAGCCAUGAGAAUUCUGGAUCUGCCAAAAAACCAAAUCUCCCGUCUUCCAGCUGAAAUUGGUCGUUUGAAGAACCUGAAGGAACUCAAUGUGAGUUUCAACUAUCUGAAGAGCAUUCCUCCAGAACUGGGAGAUUGUGAAAAUCUAGAGAAACUGGAUUGUUCUGGAAAUCUAGAAUUAACCGAGCUCCCUUUUGAAUUAAGUAAUUUGAAGCAAGCUUCAUUCGUAGAUAUCUCAGCAAACAAGUUUUCCAGUGUCCCAAUCUGUGUCCUGCGGAUGUCUAAUUUGCAGUGGUUGGAUAUCAGCAACAAUAACCUCAAUGACCUGCCACAAGACAUAGACAGGCUAGAAGAACUGCAGACCUUUCUCCUGUAUAAGAAUAAGCUGACCUAUCUUCCUUAUGCCUUGCUUAACCUAAAGAAGCUCACCCUGUUAGUCGUCAGCGGAGACCACUUGGUGGAGCUCCCAACUGCCCUCUGUGACUCAUCUACACCCUUAAAAUUUAUAAGCCUUAUGGACAAUCCUAUUGAGAAUACCCAGUGUCAAGAUGGUGAUGAAUUGGUAGAAAGUGAACGAGAUCGCCAACAUUUUGAUAAAGAAUUUAUGAAAGCCUAUAUUGAAGAUCUUAAAGAAAGAGAAUCUGUUCCCAGCUAUACCACCAAAGUGUCUUUCAGCCUUCAGCUUUGAAGCCCUCUAUCGGAAGACUGUGGAAUCUUCUUAACCUGUGGAGUUAUAAAUCUUUGGGUUGUGGGUCAUGUCAGAGAGGAAUAAUGAAUGGUUUGGGCUUAAAGACAAAGUCUAGAAACCAGGGUCAUAGUUAGGAAAAGUGAUUUUCAAAUUUCAAAUAUGUGAAUACCUCUCUCUGUGGACUGGAGAACUGAUGAUUUAUAUAUUGAUAAUUUAGAGGUUCAUUUGCAUACACUUGUUUCCAAAUAAUACACAUAUACUAUUUUAGAAAAUGUGUUAUUUUAAAAAUUAUCACUUAAAGACCAAAUUU